ACAAAACUGACAAUUCCCUAGCUGAUAGUUGUGACUAAAUUUUGGCGUUGCUAUUUAAAAUAGACGAAUACCAUCAAAGUGCCAAGAGAAAAAGAAAGUUAUAGAGUAAAGGGUAAAUACUGGCUUCAAACAACUCAGAUUGUUACUUAUCCAUAUUCCAUUUGUUUAUCUGAGAGCAUAUUAUUUUUAUAACCUUAAAAAUUGACAUUUGUUAAAAAUGAUUUAUUUUCCAUAAUCCAUUGGUCCCUCAUGCAAUGGUUCCGCAUGCAUUUCCAGUAGCAAAAUUGGGAUUAAUAAUUCUAAAACUUAUAAAUAAACCUUUGGCACAUGCAAUAAGGAAUCAUGCAAAAAAUUCAUCUCUAUUCAGAUCAUAUGUGUGUAUGCCCCCUGCUAACUUAUAUAAUUGGUGUGAAGUUAAAACUAAUAUGUGGAUUUUAAAUUUGGGCAAAUCAGUUAGUGUACCACCUUUGAAAGAAGCUGUGGCAAUAGAUCUGGGUGCAAACUUAAUAGGAGAAGGGCUUAUGUUCGCCACUGGUGUCAGUGUAAUUAUAUCGGAAUACAAUAAAUCUCUCUCUAAAGAAAAUUUUAAAGAAAUGGUUAAGCAGAACGAAAUUACAGAAUUAAAAAAUUUAAUCAAUGAAUUAUUUAGUAAAAAGGACGAUUUGUCAGCAGGUAUUAGAGAAGUUAGUAGAAGAAUAAACGCUUUAGAAAGUAAAUUAAAUGAAAUAACGUCAAGAAGUGUGUAAAAAUUUAAAUCAAAGAUUUCAAAAAAUUAGUUUUAAAAAUUUUAAUAAGGAAACUGGAAAUUCUGUUAAAUGGUCACAUUUUAUAAUAAAAG